GGCGGGAGCCUGGUGGCCCGGGUGCACGUGUGGGAGCAGCGCAGGCGCCCUCGCGGCGGCGGGAGACCCGUCCCAGCCCCUCCGGAGGCUCAGGGCCGCGCUCGACGCUCGCGGGCUCUGUCAGCCGCUCAGCCGCGAGCGAGGAGGCCGGCUGGGGGGAUCGAGCGGCCCGAGCUCAGGGCGAGGCUGCGAGCUCUAGGCGGCGGAGGCGACGACGGCGGCGGCGGGAACGACGGCCUCAGCAGGCGGGGAAGAUGAAAGGUAGCCGGAUCGAGCUGGGAGAUGUGACCCCACACAAUAUUAAACAGUUGAAGAGGUUGAACCAAGUCAUCUUUCCAGUCAGUUACAAUGACAAAUUCUACAAGGAUGUGCUGGAGGUUGGAGAGCUAGCAAAACUUGCCUAUUUCAACGACAUUGCUGUCGGUGCGGUGUGCUGUAGGGUGGAUCAUUCACAGAAUCAGAAGAGGCUGUACAUCAUGACACUAGGAUGUCUGGCACCUUACCGAAGGCUAGGAAUAGGGACAAAAAUGUUAAAUCAUGUCUUAAACAUCUGUGAGAAAGAUGGCACUUUUGACAACAUUUAUCUGCAUGUUCAGAUCAGCAAUGAGUCGGCAAUUGAUUUCUACAGGAAGUUUGGCUUUGAGAUUAUUGAGACAAAGAAGAACUACUAUAAGAGGAUAGAGCCAGCUGAUGCUCACGUACUACAGAAAAACCUCAAAGUUCCUUCUGGUCAGAAUUCUGAUGUGCAAAAGAUAGACAACUGAACAAAUGACAAAUGAACUUUCUUGCACUUGCUUGUCGCCAAAUAAAAGAGAGGCCCAUUGAUUUCCCCUAAUCCUUUCUUUUAGCUUUCUUCCUUCCUUUUUCUUAGUUUUUCUUUUCCUCUUUCCUGUAAAAGUUUGUUCUUUCAAUGACUUAAAAAAAAUCAUGUUUGGAUUUUUCUCUUAUUUUUGUGAGGUGGUUUCAUUGAAGGAAAUAGAAGGUAGAUAUGUAAGAUGUAUGGUCCCAAAAAUCUGGGUGUCAAAUAAUUUUAAACUUUUUCGCUAAUUUUUGUUUGAAUGUCCUGCUUUCACAUUGAAGGGCAGAGCCUACAAAAACUUAUUUCAGAAGAUGAAAGAAGUAGCAGCAAUAUCUUGUUUUCUAAGUCAUGGACAUGUUUAGUGUGUUUGUGGUACUUUGCAUUUUUCAGGACUGUUUGUGGGAUAAUAAUCCCUUGACAUUGCCUUCACUCCACCUUCUGAGCUCUCACUCUCAGGAGUUGAACCAUUGCUAUCCUUGUAAGAAAUACUAAAGCUUAUUUUGGUUCCUAAAAGCAAUUUAUUUCUUGUCUUGGUGGAUGGGCAAUAUGGGUAAGUAGUGUUAUACUUUGGUUUAAAUGUUGCUUUUUUGCUGGAGUGGGCUGGUUGCUUGCAGGUUUGGUUUUCCUGCUGUUGAUUGUUACUUGUGGCAUUAACUUUAACAGUUGGGCUGGCGAGAUUAAUUUUGUCUUAAUAUCCCAGCUAGAAAAUAUGGCCUUUAACUGACCUAAAGAAGUUUUUGUGAUUCAAGUUUUUAUUUCUCCUAUUCUUUUUCUUCAGUAAAUACAGUGAUAGUUUAGUAUUAAAAAUGGAGUUGAUGUCUUUAUAGGUCAAUACCCUUAAAUAAUCCUGUUGCAGAUGUUUCUUUGACAAAAAAAAAAAACUGAAAGGAAGGUUAGCUGUACUUGUGGCACAGUAAAUGUAUUUAGCAUCGAGAAGAUGCUAGACAUAAGAAUAGACAGUAUUUUUGAGAGUAACAAAGCUGUGCUAUUCCUUAUCUGUUGGAGAAGAUCCCAGAUUUGCUUAGAUUCUGCAUAUGCAUUGAGUUUAAGGAUUUGGAAUAAGGGGAGUUAUUAAACAUAGUGAUUCUUUUGUUGCAAAUGUGGAAAUGCGAAGUAUUAGUGAGCAGAUGUCACUGUGACCUCCUCUACUGACAGGACUGGUGUGUGCCAGAUAGUUCUCUGGAGCUUAAGGAGAGACUUUUGACAGGUUGGUAACUUGCUCUAAGGAGAUAUCUAAAAUAUUCAUGUUUUCCUCCCAUUUCAAACAGAUUACCAGUACUGAUGACCCAAAAAAUUGUUCUUGUUGGAGAAGAGAGCUUUGGCUUUAAAUGGAAUAUCACAAUAUUUAUCCUGUUAUAUAAAUGCUGAUAUAGAAGUCUCAUCUCCAGAUGUGUUAAAUGACCGUUAUUAUGCAAAGUGUUUAUAUACACUUUAUUACUUUUUGUUUGAGAAUGUGAAAGUACAAAGUACAAUAGACUAUCAGUCUCAAGUGCCAAGAAUAAUACAGAAAAAUUAGUUGAUGGGUGAAUUUAUAGGUUUCUGAUCUCCAUAUAGCUAAAUGUAGGAAGGACCAUACAGGUUUCCUCGGUAUCAGUUUCUUAAACUUUUGAACAGUCUAAAUCUAGAAGAAGAGCUUAGUAGUAAGUACCCUUACCUUCAUGAGUAAGUUUCAAUUUGAUCUUGCCAAGAAAAGAGUGCUUGAGUCACAGAAGGCAUAAUUAAUUUGAAGAACUCAGCCUUUUUGUAAACUUCCAGAUAUCAAAGUAGAUUUUGAUAUGUAAUGACACUGCCUCUAUUUCUACAACCAUUUCACCUGGACUGUAAUCAGUCCUUUGAAUGUAUCCCUAAAUGUUAUUGAAAAACCGAAUAGCUGCCUCAUAGUUAAAGUACACAUUAUUUAAGGAGGAAAAAAAUAAAUUUUGAAUUGAAUGUUUUAGGCACCCUGUUAUAGAUUUUCUUUUUCCACACUACUCAGUGACUUGUUCUAAGUUGUAAAUGUUUGUAAAGGAUUUAUUGUUGUACAUCAAACUUCCACUUAGAGAGGAAGAGGAGAUGGAAGAGGUAGAAGCUAAGUCUAGUUCAUAUAUCUAUGAAUCAGUAGUGAUUAAUGUAAUGUCCCAUGUUGAUUUGGUUAUUUUGAUAUGUGAUAAAAAUUAUCUUUGAAGUGAAACAGUACUUGUUAACUGGAAGAUCACGGUAUAUUUACAUCAUAUUUUUUAGGACAGAUAGUUUUUACUGUGAGCUAAAUCAAAAUUUUACUAUAGAUUAUUUCCAUUUGGGUUCUAACAAAAAGCAUCUGUAGAGAAUCUAUGCAAUAUAUAAUUUGUCCAGAUUUGCUUUCAUUUUGGGAAAGAAGCUCUGAAAUACAUCUCAAAGGCAAUUGCUCCUCAAUUGAAAGCCCUCCAAAAAGAGAACUAUUGGGAAACUGAUGUGUGGUGGUAGAAAAAGAAAAGCUCCCUCAGUUUUUUGGAGGGGAUAACUUAAAAAAAAAUCUAAUGGCUAAGUUUACUUGGUGCAGAAAAGAUUAAAUUUGUCAAUUUUAACAUUGCUGUUACAUCUGAAAUAAACUUAUGUGAUGUUCU